AUAAAAUAAAGGCUUCGUUAGGCGGGCACAUUGGGAGCCAGAAGAGCCUUGAAUCAGCCUAUUAUAUGUAUUGAUUGGUUUUCAUAUUACGAGUUUCGCGUUUAAGCAAGCCGUUUUUCGACUAUUGUCUAUAAAUAUGAAGAGGCUAAACCGGAGCCCCUUUGUAUUUUGCUGAAACCACUGAUACCGCAGUACCGUCAUCCUUUCCUAAGCGAAAAAAGCAAAUGGUAGCAUAUCCGAACUCACUGGCGUUACAAAGGUGUGUGGUUCAAUAAUGUCAGCGAUAUGGACUAUUGGAGAGUAGUGCCAUAGAAAUUAAAUGGUUGCGGCUUGGAAAAGCAAGUCUUUCUAUUUCGUCCAGAAUACAAACAUACAUGCCGGUAGGAUGACGUCCCAGCCUAUUCCUGUACACCAAAUUUCUUUAAAAAUCAUGUUAAUAGUGAACAGAACAAGAGUCCCAAAUGGUCAAAUGUGGACAUCAAGAUAUGCAAAACCACUCGAUUCGUUGGCUGUGCUGUUUGGGACAGAAAGUUUUUUUUUUCAUUCGUGCAAAUCUGAAAAAUAUUUAAACAUCAAUGGACGUCCCGGUUCAGAAUCAGUUUCUGAGAAGUUCAAAAUCGACUGGGGUACAUACAUGUCAUCAAGAAAUGAUGUUGUGUAUAUCCGCCUAGAUGUACGAGGGUCCAAGGGUCAAAGUAAAAAAUCACUAUAUCGUCAUUUAGGAGGAGUAGAAGUAUUAGAUCAAAUUUCUGUUCUUGGAUACUUGCUGGACACUAUAGGUUUUUUAGAUGAAACUAGAGUAGGUAUGUGGGGGUGGGGCUAUGGAGGUUAUGUAACCUCAAUGGCUCUCGGUACGCAACAGGACGUAUUUAAAUGUGGAAUCGCAGUUUCUCCUACUGCAGAUUGGCUAUAUUCAAAUUCAGCGUUUACUGAGCGUAUAUUAGGCCUGCCUGCUGAAAAUUUUAAAGGCUAUGUUGAGGCUGAUGCAACUCAACGGGCACGUUUAAUUAAAUCCAAUUCAUAUUUUUUGAUUCACGGUCUAGCAGAUACUACAGCUCCUUUUGUCCAUGGUGUGCAAUUAGCAAAAUCAUUAACAAGCGCCAAUAUUCUCUUUCGAUACCAGACUUAUGCAGAUGAAGGCCACGACUUAAGUGGUGUACUCGAACAUGUAUAUUCUUCUAUGGAGCAAUUUUUUGCAGAAUGCUUAAGCUUGGAUCCGGACGAUACAAAACCAGAAGUUGAUAAAAGCAUAGUCCCAGCUGAAUAAAAAAAGCAUAUUUUGAAGAA